AUGUAAUUAAACUAAUAAAAUCCAUAAAUCUACUAAUAAAUUUUAAAAUAAAUAAUCCGCUAAGAAUACCUUAAAUAUUAUAACGAUUGGUUAUGCACAGCAAACGAAAAAGAAGCAAGAGGAUUAUAACUUAUAGGCGCUAUUUUUAAGCAUAAAGGACAUAAAAAAUUUAGAGCAAAACCUCCUGUAGUUUAAUUACAAUAGUUACAUUAAUAACAAGAAUUUGAUUUCUAAAAAGCAGAAGAAAUGUAUAGAAAAACAUAAAUUUCAAGCACUUAUGGUUUUGAAUUCGGUUAUUUAUAAAAAAAUCUUAAACCUUAACAAAACGUUUUUAAAUACAAAAAAUGUUCUGAAUUAACUUUUGCUAAACCUUUAACAGAUCUUGCGAAGCUUUUUAUCGAUAAUUGGAUUGAGCUUAAAGACGAAUUAGAAUUUUAAGAGUUAGUAUUAGCUUGCUUGCGUUCACUUUAUUCAAGAUGUUAAGCAUAAGAAGUACCAAAGACUGAAACAUAAACUGGAUACGAAUGGAAAGUUGAUUAUAAUUUAUCUAAACCUAUAAGAAUUGACAAGGCUGGAAAUGAUUUAAAAGGAUACAAGACAAAUUAUAAUGCAAUUUUUAAACAAAGACUAAAACAAGAGUAAAUAAAUGAGAAACUAAAAGAAUUAGAAAAAACAGAUUUUGCAAAAUCAUUAAAGAUCUUUAAACAUUUUAAAAUAAAUUGA